CUCGCCGUGCCUGGGUGGGUUUUCUCCGGGCACUCCGGUUUCCUUCCACAUCCCCAAAACAUGCACGGUAGGUUGAUUGAAGACUCUGAAUUGCCCGUAGGUGUGAAUGCUUGUUUGUUUAUAUGUGCCCUGCAAUUGGCUGGGGACCAGUUCAGGAUGUACUCCGCCUCUGGUCCGAAGAUAGCUGAGCUAUCUAUGCAAUUAUGGGCUACACGAUGUGUAUUUUGUUUUGAAAUGACCCAAUGCAUACAUGUGUACGAUGGCAUUUAAAAGCCAAUAAAUAGACAUUGUCUCUUUUGUGUAUUUGGUAAUGAAUUUACAAUGACCUAUGAAGUGAUAUGCCAUUUAAAGGGAUCGUGUAAAACUGUCCCUGCUCGUCCUCCGUACUUGACUCGUCUUUGGGGAGCGUCCCAGCUAGGGCACGCGCCUCCAUCCGCCCCAGUGUGCCCUCGUGCCCGCGUAUGCCCGCACACCCGCCCCCCCCCCCCUCCCCCAAAAAAGCCGAUUCUGAAGCCCAUUUUCUUCGCUAUUGGAGGCCCGCUGGAGGAUGACUUCCAUCCGGCUGUACUGCAUGAACGGCGGACAUCACCUGCAGAUUCUCCCCGACGGGACGGUCCGCGGCCAGAGGGACGACACGGACGUUCACACUUUUUUGCAGCUCAAGGCUGUGGCUCCAGGUGUGGUGGUUAUCCGAGGACGAGAAACGGGGAUUUUCUUAGCCAUGAACGAGGAGGGCCGCUUGUACGCUUCGCCGUCUGUAAAUGACGAGUGUCGCUUCCUGGAGAGGCUGGAGGAGAACCGCUACAACACGUACCGGUCUCACAAGUAUCAGGAGAACAGCUGGUACGUGGCCCUGAAGAAGAAUGGGAAACCUAAGCUGGGUCCCCGGACACACAUUGGACAAAAGGCCAUCUUCUUCCUCCCCCGCCGGCUGGAUGCUGACACCAGCACUUACCAAAAAUGUCCUGACUCAUGAGACAUUAUUUCUAUUUGUUUCAAAAUGUGUAACAUGUGUGUGCAGUGUUUCACAAAAAUGAGUACGCCCUCACAUUUCUUUGCAAUAUCUUUUAAUGGGACAUCACUCAAGAAACUUAGCUACAAUUGCAUGUGGUCAGUAGUAAAUUUACUGUCCCCUCAACACACAGCCAUUCAUGGCUAAAUCAGCGGCAACAAAAGUGAGGACGCCCUGACGUGAAACUGUCUGAAUUGGGCCCAAGUACCCAUUUUCCCUCAUAAGGUCUCACGUGUGAACGGAGAGCAGGUGUAGUAAAUUUGGUGUUAUCGCUCUCACACUCUCUUAAGAUUGCUUACAGGAAAAUUCCGUGUGGCACCUCAUGGCAAAUAACUGAGGAGCUGGAAGAGUUUUCAUUCCUAUACAGUAUCUUGAGUAUUGUUGGAAGCCACUGUAACAUAAUGCACUGUUUCAACAGUCAUACUACGCUUAAAUAUAGACAAAUACAAACUGUUACUUGAAUCAUAAUUCAAUAAAAUCAAAAUGCAAAAAUCGCACAUAGAAUUCAAAUGAAAUUGUAACCUAAAUAAAAGAUUGAAUGCACAUUGUACUUCAAAGUUCAAUACAGCUGAACUGGACUUAACAUCAUUUACUGUACCUACUGGAUUUUUUUAUCUGUAUUUUUUCUGGUUUAAGCCAUUAUAGCAGGGGUGCACUCACUUUUGUGAGAUACUGAAUGCCUACUGCAUCACUGCUAGCGUAAUAUUUCACUCAUCUGACUAACAGCGUGGGUUGUGGUCCUACUCAGUCUGAAUGGUUGUCUGUCUCUAUAUGCUGUAUGUGCCUUGCGAUUGACCGGCGACCAGUCAAGGGUGUAUUCUGGCUUUUGCCUGAAGUCACCUCUGAUAGGCUUCAGCUUUCUGCCACCGUGAACAGGAUAAUCGAUGGAUGUCGACUGCUUAUUUUAUUUUAAUGAAACUAUGGUGAUUUUACUGAUACAAUCACCGAGUGGCGGUUGUGCGGAUUCCAUCAUGCAGGUCGACAUUCUCGUUUUUAAACAAACUUUAUCGUUCAAAUACUUGCGUCCUAAUGUGCUGUUUCAUGACUAACACACCUGAUUGAUUGUUUAACACUAUUUAUGUAACUUAACUUUUCAGUGAUUGUUGUUUAACACUAUAUAUGUAACUGUUAGGUUUUCCACAUAGGUUAGUGCCAUCCAGCUGGCUGCUAACACAAACUCUUCAGUUGGAUCGCUAACACGACUCAUGGAUUUUUUUUUUUUUUUUUUUUACAGUGUUAACAUUUUAGUGUUAACCAGUUAGCUAAUGCCUUAGCUCAUGAAAGAGAAGUUAAAAUAUACAAGAUUAAAUAUAUACUAUAGUUUGUUAAAUUGUUACCAUUUAUGGUGUGAAAUUAUAUUUAUUAGCAAAGAAAACUGGACUUAAAUGAACUACAGCUAAUAAAUGCCCUUGUAAC